AGGUGGUGUCCAUGAUAGCCUUGCUAUUUGCUUGUCUUUCAAAGAGGAAGAAGAGUCUCAUUAUCAGCUUUUCUUUCUGUCUUUAAGAUCUUAAAUUAGUUUUCUACAUUUUGGUGUUUGUGAUCUUGUGAAAGAUGGGAAGGCAACCGUGUUGUGACAAAGUUGGAUUGAAGAAAGGCCCUUGGACCGCUGAUGAGGAUAAGAAACUCAUUAACUUCAUCCUCGCUAAUGGCCAAUGUUGCUGGAGAGCUGUUCCUAAGCUUGCAGGAUUGUUAAGGUGUGGGAAGAGUUGCAGGCUGAGAUGGACAAACUAUCUCAGGCCAGAUUUGAAGAGAGGUCUUUUAUCAGAAUAUGAAGAGAAAAUGGUCAUUGAUCUUCAUGCUCAACUUGGCAACAGAUGGUCUAAGAUUGCAUCACAUCUACCAGGAAGAACUGAUAAUGAAAUCAAGAACCAUUGGAAUACUCAUAUCAAGAAGAAGCUAAGGAAAAUGGGAAUUGAUCCUCUCACUCACAAGCCACUCUCUACUGUUGAAACACCUCCUCCACCACCACCACCACAGCAAGAUGUUCAAGUGCAGAAUAGUAUACAAGAACUAGAGCAGCAAGCUGGACGACAGUCUAGCUCCAUCAAUGACAUAUCUGAACUGGGCCAAAAUAAUGAACCUGAGACAUCAUUAAAAUCAGCUAGAACUCAAGAUGAAGAGAAUAACAUUGGUAGCACAUAUGACACAAUGGAGCGAAUGAAUGGUUUUUGCAUAGAUGAAGUUCCACUAAUUGAACCCCAUGAAAUGUUUGUCCCUGGACCUUAUCCUUCAUCAACCUCAACCUCUUCAUCAUCAUCGUCAUCGUCGUCAUCAUCUUCUUCUUCUUCGUAUGGUUCAAACAAUAUCCUUGAUGAGUUGCUAUUGCCAGAUUUUGAGUGGCCUAUCAACAAUGUCGACAUUGGCUUGUGGGAUGAUGACUUGAGUAGUUGGGAUUUGCUAAUCAGUGAUGUGGACAGUGACAGGAAGCAAGCAACCAUGUCUGAUCCUUUUCUCAAUCAGUGCCCAAGAAUGGCAUUGGAUCAAGAUUAUUGGACUUAUGGGCUCUUGUGAUCAUUUGGAAAAAGAAAAAGAAAAAGAAAAAGAAAAAUCAUGUGGGGCUUGUUCGUAAUUUGGUCAUUAGUUGUGAUAGAAAAUAAAAAAUUCAAGAAACCGGCAAAACCCAAUCUUUGAGUUAGGUUUACUUUUUUAUUUUAAAACAAUAUUUUAGUGAAAAUAAUAAUAAUCAUUAUUGAACUUUUAUUUAUGAAAGAAAUAUAUUGGGUUGUCAUUCUUUUUCCCA